CUGCCCGCUGACCGCUGCCGUAACUGGCAACACAGAAUCUAAACUUCUUUUUCGUUUACGCUUCGUGUCGAUCGGUGUGAUCCAAACGAACCAUCAAAAUGGUCGCGGCUAAGAAACAAAAAAAGACCAUUGAGUCUAUCAACUCAAGGCUGGCGCUAGUAAUGAAAUCUGGCAAAUACUGCUUGGGUUACAAACAGACACUGAAGACACUGCGACAGGGCAAGGCUAAACUAGUCAUCAUUGCCAAGAAUGCUCCUCCCCUAAGGAAAUCAGAAAUUGAGUACUACGCUCUGUUGGCCAAGACCGGAGUCCACCACUACAGUGGAAACAACAUUGAGCUGGGCACAGCUUGCGGAAAGUACUACCGCGUGUGCACACUCGCCAUCACAGACCCUGGUGACUCUGACAUCAUCACCACAUUGCCUGAGGCAACCGUUUAAUAAAUAAGUUUAAAUUAA